AUAUUAUCCAAAUAUGAGCAGUGACCGAACGGCGUCUGUUCUUUUUAUAAAAGAUAACUCUGCGUGUUGUUGUGAAUAUUUUUAAUGUAAAGGCUUCCAUAAUUUAUCUGCCUUUUUCUUUGGUUAAUGUCACUGUAACGGCGUGUCCUCGCUAUCUGAUUGGACAAUGGUUCAAAUAGUCAUAAGAGGCAGUGUGGACGGUAGCAGUCCUCCAGAGUGGCUGCUGGUGGAGCUGCAGGGAGAGAUGGUGUCCAGACACAACUCUGGUCUGGCAGGAAAUGUGAUGGGAGACCUGCUGUACACAACAGAGGGGGUGCCGGUGUUGAUCGUAGGGCAUCACAUUCUGUAUGGGAAGCAAGUCAAACUGGAGAAACCCUUUGCUGUCCUCACCAAGCAUUCCAGCCAUUCACGAGACACCAUGGGCAGCCAUGACAACAAUGAUGCCUCCCAGGUAUCCAUGGAAAUGGACCAGCAAGGAUCCACUUCCACCUCUUACUCUGUGUCUGCCCUCAUCAAGCGGAAGCUGAUCUUUAAGACACGCCCCAAACCCAUCAUCACUAAUGUACCGAAGAAGGUGUAGCUUCAUGUCCGCACUGUGCCAGCGGUCAUGUGUAAUGGAGACAAACAGGAUGGAGGGUAUGCUGAUCCAUCUGACACAUACUGGACUUUUUAUGAAACACAGAGUUACUGAAUAAGUCAUUGCCUUCCACAUCUGAUAGGAUGCAGUUUGAUUUGUUGUUCAGUUGAUCAAUAUUACUCCUCAUAUUGAUUGAAACUGCAAGUUGGGAGACCUUUAACCUGAACUGAUUCUAUUGAGACACUUAAAUGAGGCUCCUUGCAGGUAUUAUUUUCCUGAGAAACGGAGAAAAGUUUGAAGGCUGUUUCAAAGGCUUGUCUGCACUGACAAGAAUCACGUUCUGGAUGGAUGGCUGAAUAAUUGUGAAUCUUUUCUGUAAAAAUAAAUAAAGUUUUGGACAUCA